AAUCGACUUAGCGGGUCUGACCAAGUCGCUGAACAUCACAAGGGUGGAUUUGGCUAAAAUGUUAUUCUUAAUAAUUAUUGAGAUCUUUACACAGCUGACAUAAACAUGAUGUAAAAAAGCGACUACACAGGGGCAGUGAAAUGGCUGCCGAAGACAAAUCUUCCUCCUCGUCUGGGAUGGACUGGAACUCCGAGCCGGCUCUGUCUCCCUCCAGUCCUUCCCAUUUAACACACUUCAAACCUCUGACCCCAGAACAGGAUGAGCCACCCCUGCGGUCAGCAUACAGCUCCUUCGUCAGUCUGUUCCGCUUCAGCAAAGAAAAAUCAGGUGCAAACAAUGCACCAGCAAAAAAGCUUGCUAAACUUGAGGAAGGACGGCCUCCAUCAAUAGCAGAGAAAAGUCAUUCGGCCUCAUCAUCGCCACAGGGGCCGAGACGCAACUGGUCAAGUCCCUCCCAUUCCAUACAUGGCUCUGAACCACACAGGAAACAUUCAGAACUUCUCAGAAGAACAUCUACAGCGUCAGUGGACUGGGAAGAAGGUCGACGGAAAUCGGAAGCUCCCCUCGGCAGCCAUGACCCUCGAACGGCCGUUCAGCUUCGUACAGCCCUCAAGCGACUCAAGGAGAUCAUGGAGGGAAAAAGUCAGGACAGCGAUCUGAAGCAGUACUGGAUGCCGGACAGCCAGUGUAAGGAGUGCUACGACUGCAACGAGAAGUUCACGACCUUCAGACGCCGUCACCACUGUCGACUCUGCGGCCAGAUCUUCUGCAGCCGUUGCUGCAACCAGGAAAUUCCUGGCAAGUUCAUGGGCUACACGGGUGAUUUACGGGCAUGUACGUACUGUCGUAAGAUAGCGCUGAGUUACGCCCAUUCGACUGAUUCGAGCUCUAUCGGUGAGGAUCUGAGCGCUCUGUCGGACUCGCCCUGCUCUGUGUGUGUGCUGGAGCCCACUGAACCACGCACACCUGUUGGGGGCCGCAAAGCGAGCAGGAACAUCUUUCUGGAAGAGGAUCUGACCUGGCAAAGAAAAAAUUCCAUUGGGAUGAGGAAGAAUUUGAUCCAUCAGGAGUCACAGAACAGUGGUCUCAAUUCCAGGCUUUCAGCUGUACAGGAGGAUAUGGGUAAAUCACCAGCCAGGAAGAGGUCAGCUAGUGUGACCAACUUGUCUUUAGACCGGUCUGGCUCAUCCAUGGUCCCUGCCUACGAGACUUCAGUAAGCCCACAAAACAGUCGGGCAAUGCUGAAGACCGACCACAGUGAAGAAGAGAGAAAAAUCCUCUUGGAUUCCUCUCAACUUAAAGAUCUAUGGAAGAAGAUUUGCCACAACAGUACAGGAAUGGAGUUCCAGGACCAUCGAUACUGGCUGCGUACUUACCCCAACUGCAUUGUGGGUAAAGAGUUGGUUAAUUGGCUCUUAAGAAACGGCACCAUUUCUACUAGGGCUCAGGCCAUAGCUAUUGGACAGGCUUUGGUAGAUGGCCGAUGGCUUGACUGUUUAACUCAUCACGAUCAGGUCUUCCGUGACGAAUAUGCCCUCUAUCGCCCCCUCCAGAGCACAGAGUUCUCCGAAACUCCCUCUCCAGACAGCGACAGCGUGAAUUCCCUGGAGGGACACUCUGAACCGUCGUGGUGUAAAGACAUCAAGUUUGACGACAGUGACACGGAGCAGCUAGCGGAUGAAAAUGACUAUGUCAACCCAAACUCGGCCAGUCCCAGUAAAAGAACAUCCGUCAGCAGUUUCCACUCUGCGGUGGACAGUGACUCGGCCGCCUCCAUCAGUUUGAACGUGGAGCAGGACAAUGUCAAUUUCCACAUCAAGAAGCAGGCCAAGUACCCCCACGUGCCUCCUUACACGGCCGAACAAAAAAGUAUGGAGCCCCAUGACCCGUUCACCCCAGAACACGACAUCCAUGCACCAAUGGAUGCCCUGCUGUCUGAAGAUGGAGGUCAACAAAUAUCCAUCAGUGAUGCCUUCAUUAAAGAGUCUUUGUUUAACCGAAGGGUUGAGGAGAAAACUAAAGAGAUGCUGUUCACUCCUCUCGGCUGGCAUCACAGUUCCCUGGACCAACUGCGUGAAGAAAAUGGAGAAAAGAAAGCGAUGGAGCGAUUGCUAUCAGCCAAUCACAGCCACAUGAUGGCACUGCUCCAACAGCUGUUAUACAGCGAGUCACUGUCUCUCUCUUGGCGUGACAUCAUCGUACCUGUGGUGAGACAGGUGGUGCAGACAGUGCGACCGGAUGUGCGCAAUUGUGAUGAUGACAUGGAUAUCCGUCAACUGGUCCAUGUCAAGAAGAUUCCAGGAGGAAAGAAGUUUGACUCUGCUGUAGUGAACGGCUUUGUUUGCACAAAGAAUAUUGCACACAAAAAGAUGAAUCCCUACAUUAAAAACCCCAAGAUCCUUCUCCUCAAAUGCUCCAUUGAGUAUCUUUACAGGGAAGAGACCAAGUUGAGCUGCAUUGACCCAAUUGUUUUACAGGAGCAUGAAUUUCUGAAGAACUACGUUCAGAGGAUUGCAGAUGUCCGGCCCAACCUGGUGCUAGUAGAGAAGACGGUGUCCAGAAUCGCACAAGACAUGUUACUGGAACACGGGAUUACCCUUGUGAUUAACGUCAAACCUCAAGUCCUGGACCGUGUAAGUCGAAUGACUCAGGGAGAUUUAGUUAUUUCAAUGGACCAGCUUUUGACGAAACCUCGCUUGGGGACCUGCCACAAGUUUUACUUACAUUCCUUCCAGCUCCCAAACAAUGAGCUGAAGACACUGAUGUUUUUUGAGGGUUGUCCUCCUCAGCUGGGCUGCACUAUCAAACUCCGCGGUGCGUCCGAAUAUGAGCUGGCACGGGUGAAAGAGAUCAUCAUCUUUAUGGUGUGUGUGGCUUACCACUUACAGCUGGAGAUCUCCUUCCUCAUGGAUGAAUUUGCGAUGCCUCCCAGCCUGACUGAAAGCUCUUCCUUCCCAUGCCUGCUGGAAAGUACCACUUUGGAGGAAGAGGAGGAGACUGUCAGGGGAAGAGAUAGCCUGGACAAUGACGAUUCUACGCUAGAAAACCUCAUCCUCGCCUCAGAAACGGACUUUGAACCGGGGCUUCAGGAGAUGAUUAAAGUUCACAGUAGGCAGCACUCUGAAUCUUCUCUUAAAGAUCGAGAAAGCCCCAGAAUUAAUAAAGAUGGGUCAGUUAUUUCGUUCUCCGGAGGAGAGGAGGGGAUGAUGAAGACCUCCACACCUGUUUCCUCCUCUUUAAGCGUUCCCCAACCAGUGUCGCCACCUUUUCUAAUUUCAGCCUUGAAAGAGAUGUCAGAGGAAGUGAUCAAACAGUCAGGUGAGCAGGUGAAGAACAGAGAUCAGGAACAAACUCUGGUGCAUCAUGACAGCACAGGCUCCGAAACUUCCCUUCCACCGUCUCGGCUCUUCAGGGACCCGUUGCAGGAUGACACUGACCUGUUUGUGACAGAGCAUGUGGCUUCUUCAGAUGAUCGGCUCAAAUCAAUCUCCACUUUAUUUAAACAGGAGCUAAAGGACAUUAUCCUCUGCAUCUCGCCGUUUAUUACGUUUCGGGAGCCGUACUUGCUCACGUCGUCUGGACUACGUUGUCCUAGUCGGGACUAUUUUCCGGAGCAGGUUUAUCUCUCUCCUCUACUGAAUAAAGAUUCGAAGGAGCUGGAUUGCCGGCGCAAGAGGCAGCUGCUUAAAGAGUCCGGCCCUAGUUCUGGGAGUCUGACCAAUGGUACUGUUUCGCACCAACGAACCAUCCAGAUCUUGCCCUGCCACAGACUUAUGAGCACCCGCAUAGCAGAGCAUCUGAGCAGCAGUCAAGAUCUGGCACGGAUGCUGGCUGACUACCGCGCUCAAGGAGGACGCAUUCGGCAGAGGGAAGACAUGCAGUUCAGGGAAGCACCGCCCGCUAAGGCACCCAUAAAGUCGGACAGUGAAGAAGAUAAAGGGGCGGGACAGAAUGAAAUGUCAUGGGCUAGUAAGUUGGACUGCCUAAAUCCAAUCAAUCAUCAGCGACUCUGUGUGCUAUUCAGUAGCUCAUCUGCACAGUCCAACAACGCACCAAACCCCUGCGUCAGCCCAUGGAUUGUAACAAUGGAGUUUUAUGGGAAGAAUGAUCUGACUCUUGGUGUGUUUUUGGAGAGAUACUGUUUUAGGCCCUCUUACCAGUGUCCAAGCAUGUACUGCGAGACUCCCAUGGUUCACCACGUUCGGCGUUUCGUGCAUGGCAGCGGCUGUGUUCAGAUUGUUCUGAAAGAGCUGGACUCGCCUGUUCCCGGCUACCAGCACACAAUCCUUAACUACUCCUGGUGCCGUAUCUGUAAACAGGUAACUCCUGUUGUUCCUUUGUCCAAUGACUCCUGGUCCAUGUCCUUCGCCAAGUAUCUAGAACUUCGUUUCUACGGGCAUCAGUACACCCGUCGGGCCAACGCUGAGCCUUGUGGUCACUCCAUCCAUAAGGACUACCACCAGUAUUUCUCCUACAACCAAAUGGUGGCUUCCUUCAGCUACAUCCCCGUGAGGCUACUGGAGAUCUGUCUGCCUUCUCCGAAAAUUAUGAUUAGGAACCAGGGACCCUCCAAAGCAAGCUUACAGCAGGACCUCAAAGACUUUUUACAGAAGGUGUCUCAGGUGUACCUGGCCAUAGAUGACCGUCUGACCUCCUUAAAAACAGAUACCUUCAGCAAGACCAGAGAGGAAAAAAUGGAGGAUAUGUUUGCACAGAAAGAUAUGGAGGAAUCUGAGCUAUGUGGCUGGAUAGAGAAGCUACAGAUGCGUCUCCAGGCCACUACUGUGGACUCUCCACAACAACUCCAGGUUGUUCUGGAGUCAGUGGUGGCCAAAAAGCAGAGCUUGUGUGAGACGCUACAGUCGUGGAACAACAGACUUCAGGACUUGUUCCAGCAAGAGAAGGGCAGAAAGCGAAUGUCUGUUCCUCCCAGUCCUGGCAGGCACAGACAGACGGCAUCAGAUGAGAGCAAGACAAGUGCUUUGGAGUCCUCCCCUCGUAACCCCUCCCCUGUUGUCCCAAAUGGCGAGAAAGAGGACCGUCAUCUCAACACAUUCCCAUCAAGUUCAGGUUCAUCCUCAUUACUGCAGUUGCCAUCUCCAGCCGAACAGGCUUCGGACCUCAUCACAAGUGGACCCUCUUUCCCCGACCAGGAUUCGAACAGCAUCACAGAGGAUAUGUUUGACGGACAUUUACUCGGUUCCAAUGACAGUCAAGUCAAAGAAAAGUCCAUGACCAUGAAAACCAUCCUGGCCAACCUGUUGCCAGGCAACAGCUACAAUCCCAUACCUUUUCCUUUUGACCCAGACAAGCAUUACUUGAUGUACGAGCAUGAGAGAGUUCCUAUAGCUGUGUGUGAGAGAGAGCCCAGCUCCAUCAUUGCUUUUGCACUCAGUUGCAAGGAGUAUAAGACCGCUCUUGAUGAGCUCACAAAGACGACGGCAAAACCGGGAGUUGAUGACACACCUCAAGCUAUUAGUACUGGAGAAAAUAAAGUGAAGAACAGCCCAGCCAAACUAAAUGAGAGCAGCACAUCACAACUGGGCCGCAGCAGCAUAGACACUGACCCCCUGAAGGAGCCUGAGAGCGGAGACAAACAGAAAAAGCAGAUAGGAAAUCCACACAUUGAGCUGCAGUUCUCAGACGCAAAUGCCAAGUUUUACUGCCGGAUCUACUAUGCAGAAGAGUUUCAUAAUAUGAGAGAGGAGAUCAUGGAGAGCUCAGAGGAAAACUUUGUGCGCUCACUUUCACGCUGUGUUAACUGGCAGGCUCGCGGGGGAAAGUCCGGAGCAGUUUUCUAUGCUACCGAAGAUGAUCGGUUUAUUUUGAAGCAGAUGCCCAGAUUAGAGGUCCAGUCCUUCUUAGACUUUGCACCCCAUUAUUUCACUUACAUCACAGGAGCGGCUCAACAGAAGCGGCCAACGGCACUUGCCAAGAUUUUGGGAGUGUACCGUAUCGGCUACAAGAACUCUCAGAACAACACAGAGAAGAAACUGGAUUUGUUAGUGAUGGAAAACCUUUUUUAUGGGCGAAAGAUGGCACAGGUGUUCGAUCUGAAGGGAUCCCUUCGAAACAGAAACGUAAAGACGGAUCAGGGAAAGGAGAGCUGUGAGGUGGUGCUUCUAGAUGAGAACCUCCUGAAACUGGUGCAUGAUAAUCCACUUUACAUCCGCUCCCAUUGCAAGGCCAUUCUACGGGCUGCCAUUCUGAGUGACGCCCACUUCCUGUCCAGUCACCUCAUCAUUGAUUAUUCCCUGCUGGUGGGCCGCGAUGAUGCCACGGAUGAGCUGGUCGUGGGAAUCAUAGAUUAUAUCCGGACUUUCACAUGGGAUAAAAAACUGGAGAUGGUGGUCAAGUCAACUGGGAUUCUUGGAGGUCAAGGUAAAAUGCCCACGGUGGUGUCACCAGAGUUGUACCGAGCCCGUUUCUGUGAGGCAAUGGACAAAUACUUUCUUAUGGUCCCGGAUCACUGGACGGGACUUGGACUGAAUUGCUGAGGGGCGUAAAGACAACAACUGGAAGGACAUGCUGCUCUCUCUGGUUUCUUGGAGUGAUUCAGUGAAACUCCUAAAGAAAACAAUGUACCCACUGUUCCCAAUAGUGUCAGAAGCAGCUAUUUACUGUAUGGUGGGAUCAAUGAAACUCAGCUGUUUACAGAUAGACUGAGAUGCCAAGACACAGGUCCAAGCACACACACUGGAGAGACUAAACUGACAUUGAUAGCUUGAGACCUACGAUAACAUUUGUUUAUAACUUGUUAACCUAAUGUGUGGAAAAUGUAAAAGUUUGUCAUAAAUGUAUAGAGAUGUAAAAGAUCAUUAAUUAAAGAUUUAUUAAUAUUA